AUGGAACCACAUAGCUAUGUUUGGCUCUUGAUAAUUGGCGGAAUUGUUGCGUUCGCUGCUGGAUUUGGCAUCGGUGCUAAUGAUGUUGCAAACAGUUUCUCAAGCUCAGUUGGAUCUAAAACUCUUACGCUGAAACAAGCUUGCAUUAUCGCGAUCUUCACCGAAUUCUUUGGAGCUUUUUUGUUAGGUGCAAACACAUCCGAAACCAUUCGUGGAGGAAUUAUAAAAAUUUCAUUAUUUCAAAAUAAUCCAGAUUUGCUUAUGUUGGCAAUGGUUUGCGCCUUAAUUGGAUCAGCUUUAUGGGUUAUUUUCGCUUCAAUCCGAGGAUGGCCAGUUUCUACAACUCAUUCAAUUGUUGGUGCUAUGGCUGGUGUUGGUAUCUCUGCUUUUGGUUGGAAAGCCAUUGACUGGAGUUUUAACGGUAUCACAAAGAUCAUAGUCUUUUGGUUUAUUUCACCCAUAAUAGCAGGAGUUGUAGUAUCAACUUUCUUCUUGACAGCAAAAUAUUUGAUACUUGUACAUCAAGACAGUUCUUUCCGACGCGCUUUGAUCGCCGUCCCAAUUUACAUUACCUUCACGAUAGCCAUCAACAUCUUUUACCUCCUCUUUAAAGGUGAUCCAAGUUUAAAUUUAGAAAACCUUCAGCCUUAUGUCGUUGCAAUUAUUGUUGGGAGCGUCGCGAUUAUCGUGUCAGUCUUAAGUCAUUUCUUUUAUGCAAAAUAUUUAAAAAGAAAGAUCAUUGGUAAAGAAACUGGCCUCAAGUGGUACCAUAUUUUCGUUGUUCCAUUCAUUGGACCUCGUUAUGAUAAUGAUACUGAAAGGGGCACCAACGAUGAUCAAAAUGGAAAACAAGAAGGAAUUGUAAUUGAAGAAAACGUCAAUAAUUCCCCAAAAAACAUCUUUCAGGCAGCUUUUACAGCUAUAGGAAACUAUGUUGCUCGAGGUAUCAGCAAAGAAGUAGCAGAUUAUAAAGCACAUGAUAAUAUAGAAUUGCAUGAUGCUGCAGUAAAAUACGAUCCAAAUACGGAACAAUUAUAUUCUUUCCUUCAAAUUCUCACCGCUUCACUCGCCUCAUUUUCUCAUGGUUCAAAUGAUGUUUCAAACGCGAUCGGACCCUUAAUUACAAUUUAUCUAAUCUAUGAUUCUGGUGUUGUUGAACCACCAGGAACUACCUCUGUGCCUAUUUGGAUAUUGGCUUUAGGAGGUAUCGCUAUUGAUGUGGGUCUUGUCCUUUAUGGAUACCAUGUGAUGAGAUCUCUUGGGAACCAAAUCAUUUAUAAUUCUCCAUCUCGUGGUUUCUCUAUAGAGUUGGGCACUUCAUUGACUGUAUUAACCGCCUCAAAAAUUGGUCUCCCCAUUUCAACAACACAUUGCGUUACUAUUGCGACUGCGGCCAUAGGUUUAUGCAAUGGAAAUGCGAAAGCUCUCAAUUGGAAAUUAUUGGCUUCUUGUUUCUUCAGUUGGGGGUUAACGGUUCCAGUCUCCGCAUUAAUUGCUGGUGGUAUCUUUGCUUUCACUGCUUAUGCACCAUCAGCACCCACAUAA